AUGGUUGGAUACAUGGACCAGUUGAUGUAUGGUCCAUUCAGGACGAUUCACUGGUCAAGACAUAUUGAAGAAGAAGGAAAUAAAUGGAAAGCGUAUUUAAUAGCUGAAGGUGCAAAUAAUGUCCAAGUUGGAGAGAAUGCGGAUGUCGUCAUUCUAUAUGCACAUGGCGGAGGUUACGCCCUGGGACAUCCAAUUUUGUCAAUUGCCGUAUUCGUUCAAUGGAUCAAAUACUGGAAGGCAACCUAUAAUGCCAACACUCAUAUAGUCUCAGUCAGCUACGGAUUAACACCAGAACAUGUAUUUCCUAGUCAACGAAACACUUUCGUACAAUGUUACCAGUGGCUGGUGCACGAGAGGGGCAUUAAUCCAUCUCGUAUAGCUUUUGUUGGCGAUAGUGCUGGAGGAAACCUUGCCAUUACUUCAGCCAUACAUGUAAUUCGGAACCCUACUUUACUAGCUGUACCUCCGCCAGGCUGCAUACUAGGAAUAUCUCCUUUUGUCUCGGGGAUGACUACGUCCAUGUCAUGGAAACUAAAUUCUGAAUUUGAUUAUAUUAGUCACGAUUGGUUUGAACAACGCGCCCAAUCCUACCUUAGAGGCACGAAUGUUCAAAAGGACGAUGCUGCCGUAUCGCCAUUGUUCGAGAAAAGUCUUCAUGGAUUGCCGCGCAUGUGGAUGUGUGUGGGUGACUGCGAGGUAUUUAGAGAUGAUGUAGUUGCAUUCAUACGUAAAGCAAAUGAGGACGGCGUUAGUGCAGAAGUAGUAGUCGAGAAAGGCAAUGUGCAUAACUAUGCAGUCGCAUGGUCACUUGCAAGAAAUGGCGCAGAGAAAAAAGCAAUGAAACAGAUGGGGAAGUUUAUAUUCGGAGAAACUUGUAAUAUUUAA